AUUUCAUCCGCCCUUUCGUUUUUCUUCCUCCCGACAUCCUCCCGCACCACCUCUGUCAGAUCCGACCACAACGCCGGUGACGUCUGACCAGAGGCCGCGUCCGCUCUGCCGAAGCGACAUAGCAAUCUUACCUGAGCCGGCAGCCUACAUACGUGAGCAGCAAGGUCGCGGCAGUAUCACCACCCGCCAUGCCCGAACCAGACGCUGCCCCCGCGGGGGAUGCCCGCCAGGAGCAAGGCCAGUCUCUCGUGUCGAAAAUCAUCCAGGGUGUAGCCAUAUGGAUGGGCGUUCAAUUGCUGAUGAAGCAGUUCGCGGGUGGCAAUAAGGCCCAGACGGCCACCACCACGGACGCUGCUGGGAACACUGUCGAAAUUCCCGCGGGCACCGGCGCCAUUCCUGCCUACCAGCUUCGACCAGCUGCCCUGGACGAGGGCGCCGUCUGGAACCCCAUUCCGCAGCGGCUCGCCCCCAUCUGGUCCCCCGAGAGCUCCGUCGAUAUCAUCGUUACACUCUCGUCGUCCUUCGUCCCCGGCAAGAUCUCUAGCGUCGCGGAGGAAUACGUGGCUCUGAAUGAGAAGGGUUUCAAGAUAGGAAACUCCAGUGACACUCGAGUUGCCGAGACCGCCUUUAAGGUGCCGCAAUCUGUCCAGAAAAACGGCACACUUUGGGGGCACUUCUAUAUUGGCUUGGCGGGCGCAAACCUCGACCCGAGAGAACCUGGCUUUGAUCCAGCGGCGGCUUUCCAUUUUGUGUAUCCUCUGACUCAGUACAUACCUAAGAAAAAGGAAGCGAAGACUCGCAACCUCCUGGAGGGUGCGCCGGAACCGGAAGAAGCAGAGCCUGAAGAGCAGACCGCUGGGCCGACUAUCGCAAACUACUACCAUCCUAAUAUCACCCUGGCGCUCAUCCCCGACUCGGGCAUCCUCAACUAUCCCCAGAUGCAUCCUGCUGUACGGCAGUUUGUACAUCUCGAGCCCUCCGGCGCUCGUGAUGGCUCCGGUCAGAACUCGUGGUAUUACCCGAUGCUAUAUGUGAACACAUUCUGGCAACUGAGGAGCCACAUGACGAUACUUAACGAAACGGUCCAGACUCUUCCGCUGCGUCUUGACCUGCGUAACAUGAAGAACUGGCAGUUUAACAUAAUGGCCUCGGUCGACUUCAACUCGAAGCAGCAGGCGCUCCAGGCUGCCUACGGCGGCCCCCUCCCGGGUGGUGGCGACGGCAGCGAGAUUGAGCUCAUCAAGGAGAUGUUCGUCGACACAAACCCUUAUCUCCUAGGUGUGACGGUAGUUGUGAGCAUUGCGCACCUCAUCCUCGAGACGCUCGCAUUCGGGUCCGACAUCGCCCAUUAUCGGAAGAAGAAGGACAAUGUUGGAAUCUCGGUCCGGUCGAUCCUGGCCAACGUAUUUAUGCAGGCGGUCAUAUUCCUCUACCUCAUCGACAACUCUCAGAACACGAGUUGGAUGAUUCUCGGCUCCCAAGGCAUAGGCAUCCUCAUCGAGUUCUGGAAGGUUACCACCAUCGUCAAUGUCCGCGUGCGACCCGCCCCGCCGGGGUCCUUGAUACCGUAUCGGAUAACCUUCGAAGAUAAGUAUAAGCUGAGCGAGACGGAGGAAAAGACGAAGGAGUACGACGAGAUCGCCUUCAAGUACAUGUACGUUGCCAGCGUCCCCCUGCUCAUCGGCUACGCCAUCUGGUCCUUGGUCUACGAAUCGCACAAGUCGUGGUACUCUUACAUCCUGGCGACGUUGGUCGGGUCGGUGUACGCGUACGGAUUCCUGAUGAUGGUGCCUUCGCUGUACAUCAAUUACCGCCUCAAGAGCGUGGCCCACAUGCCGGCGAAGGCGAUGAUGUACAAGUUCCUAAACACCUUCAUCGAUGACCUCUUCGCCUUCACCAUCAAGAUGCCGUUUCUGUACCGCCUGGCCACCUUCCGCGACGACAUCAUCUUCUUCGUCUACCUGUACCAGCGCUGGGCGUACAGGAUCGAUUACACGAGGGUCAACGAAUUCGGCCAGGGCGGCGAAGACGAGUCCGAGGAGACCAAGGAGAAAGCCAAGUCGCUGCCGAAAGCUGAUGUCGCCGCCGAGAAGGUAGGUGGAGCUGCGAAGUCUAGUGGCGCGGACACGGGCGCGGCGAAGAAGAGGAAGUAGCUGGGUGGAAUCUUGGGAGGAUAGGUCCGCAUUUCUAUGUCGUAGGUAUGUAAAGGUACGAAUCCAUAUUUUCUGGGUGGGGAGGUGGUCAUUUCGCGUUCAUUCGACGGCCCGGUAGGAGGGCAUGGGUGGUUACCUGGACGGGCCACCGGCGGCCAUCGCUGCUCAGCGGCAUACUGAUGUUAUGUAUCUGCACCGUGGAUGGAUAGUAGCAUUUUGCAGGAUCCAAUCCCGUAUAAUGGUCAAGCGGAGGUUCCCAUCGGCGAUUCGAGGCAUACCCGCCAGGACGGAUUCGUUCAGCCCUAAACUGGCACCUAAGCAGCUAGCUUGGGUGCUCUAAUCAGCGAGCCGCAAAGCCUUAGGUCCUACAUGCAUAUCCAUACUAUAUGUAUGGGGAUGAUACCUCAAUGCAGCGAAGGUGGUGUAGGACUUUGGGCUGUCUUGGCGUUUGGAGAUAUCCUUGCAUUCUGGGUCGCACACGUCGCGACAUGCGCAUACACAUGUGCACCUACGUACCUAUUAUAGCCUACCCACCUCUCCCUCUCUUAUACCUACACACAUAUAUAUAUAUGGUCUUACC